GGGCUGGGGGCGGGGCCGGGGCGGGGCGGGGCGGGACUGGGCCGGGAGCGCAGGGGCGGCAGUGCGCGCCUGGCAGUGUCCCAGCCGGGUCUGCGCAGCCAUGGGGCAGAUCGAGUGGGCCAUGUGGGCCAACGAGCAGGCGCUGGCGUCCGGCCUGAUCCUCAUCACCGGGGGCAUUGUGGCCACUGCCGGGCACUUCACCCAGUGGUACUUUGGAGCCUACUCCAUUGUGGCGGGCGUGUUUGUCUGCCUGCUGGAGUACCCCCGCGGAAAGAGGAAGAAGGGUUCCACCAUGGAGCGCUGUGGGCAGAAGUACAUGACCGCCGUGGUGAAGCUGUUCGGGCCCCUCACCAGGAAUUACUACAUCCGGGCCGUCCUGCACCUCCUGCUGUCGGUGCCUGCCGGCUUCCUGCUGGCUACCAUCCUCGGGACCGCCUGCCUGGCCAUUGCCAGUGGCAUCUACCUGCUGUGCAAGUUCCUCCCGCCCGCAGAGAGAGCUGCUUCCCCCGGGUGUGCACCUUCUAGUGUGUGUGCAGGAUUCUGUGUAUACCUUCCUCGUGCGGCAGUGCGCGGCGAGCAGUGGACGCCCAUCGAGCCCAAGCCCCGGGAGCGGCCGCACGUCGGAGGCACCAUCAAGCAGCCGCCCAGCAACCCCCCGCCGCGGCCUCCGGCCGAGGCCCGCAAGAAGCCCAGCGAGGAGGCGGAGGCGGCGGAGGGCCCCUCGGCAGGCCCCCAGGACAACCCCAUCCCGGUGACCGACGAGAUCGUGUGACCGCGCCCCGGGCCUGCCCGUUCGCCCCGCGCGCCCACCAAGGGGGCGCCCGCCCGCAAUAAACGCAGCGAAGCCCGGA